CAAAACCAGAGAAAUAGUAUUUUGAUGCUUCUAACUCAAUGAAAAUGGAACAUCAUCUCAAAUCGUGCACUCGAAACAAGAACAAAUUGUUAACAAUCAAAUUCAUCACUAUCUCCUUUUUCACCUUGUUUCUAGUUGUCAUCCUUUUCCAUAUCCAGUAUUCGUCCCCUUUUGAUUUCUCCUUAUCAGCAAGGUCCCAAACUCGACGAGCUUCUCUUUUCCAAGAGAAUUACUCUAAUGUCAUUGAAAUGAUGACUGCAAAACUCAAACAUUCUGUCACUUUCCUCCCACUCCAAGACUCUAGAUUUAGAGAAACAGCUAUAACAGGACACACUUGGUUUAUGAGCUCUUUGAACGAUACACGCGAGGAAAAUGAAGCAGAAUACUUGUAUUUCCCUUCUAAGGCAUCUAAAGGACGGCUUCUUUGCUUUAAGGGACGGGAUAUGAAGGAUGGAACGAAGAAUUCAUAUGCUUUGGCAUGGCGAGAAAGUCUUCCAGACUCUGCUAUUCUAUUGGAAGGACUAACAUUUAUAUCGUAUACAUAUUAUGAUCACACAAAUUUGUGGCAUGGGUUAUGUGCAGUGGCUCCUUUUGUUAGAUGGUCAAUGAAAAAUGAAUGUUUGAAGCCAGAAAGAUGGGUGCUAUUCCAUUGGGGAGAACUGAGAUCAAGAAUGGGAUCAUGGAUUCAACAACUUAUGCAAACGAAUUUUGGUGAAGUUAAGGUGGAAAGAUUUGAUAGAGGAGAUAAUGUACCUUACUGUUUUGAGAAAGCAGUUGUGAUGAGGCAUGAGAUGAGUCAAAUGGGACAGGAGAAUAAGCUGAAGACGUUCGACUUGUUGCGUUGCAAGGCUAGGAGUUACUGUGGCAUUAGUCCUGCAGGCAAAGGUAGAGAGAUUAAUGAAAGAGGAUUUCCAAUUAUAAGACUUACCCUCCUGAUGAGAAGAGGUUCCCGGUCAUUCAAGAAUGCAACUGUUGUGACUGAUAUAUUUUCAAAGGAAUGUGCCCGAGUUGAAGGCUGCAUUCUGCACGUAGUCCAGUCAGACGAUCUAUCUUUCUGCGACCAGGUGAAAGUGCUGACCAACACUGACAUUGUUGCAUCUCCGUGUGGAGCACAGUUAACGAAUAUGCUCUUCAUGGACCGUGAGAGCAGUGUGAUGGAAUUCUACCCAAAAGGAUGGUUAGAGUAUGCUGGCUCAGGCCAAUAUGCUUACCACUGGAUGGCGAAUCAAUCUGGGAUGAAACAUCAAGGUGCAUGGUGGGAUCCAGUAGGCAAGGAGUGUCCAUCCCCCCAAGAUCAGUGGCAGUGUUUUUCUUUUCAUAAAGAUGGCAUGGUUGGACACAACGAGACCUAUUUUACAGAAUGGGCUAGAAGAGUCAUCGAUCAAGUAAGGCUAAUGAAGCAGGAGCAAGCCUCUGCAUAUCAAGCAAACAAGCAACAACAUGAUUCAAAAGCAUGUGUUUGCUAG